UAUGGAUGAAUAUGUUUUCAAAAUAUUCAUUCACAUAUAAAUAUCACAAAGUGAAACCCUUUUAAUGACUCAUAGAAACCACUGUUAGCUAUUUGAUACACAAAUAAAUAUCUAAUCCCUUAAACACAUAAGAAACAAAAAGAAUAAAAAUAGACCAACCAAUAAUGUCACAACACAGUAGAUUUAAAAAUUAACCAACCAAUAAUUUGAAAGACAAAUACAUACAUAUUAAAAUAGUGAUACAAUAAUAUGAAAGAAAUCAAGGGAAUUAUUCACUAUAAAUAUCACAAAGUGAACUCUUUUUAUCACUCAGAAAACAACUGUUAGCUAAUUUAAUACACAGAUACACAUAACACAUCUUUAAAACAUAAGACAAAAAAAAAAGCACAACUCAUCAUGAGCAUUUUGAAAGUAACAAAAAGGUUCAUGCUCGUGGCGAUGUUCAUAGCAUUUGUUGCUAUAAGUAACAUAGACGUAACAGCUGCGAAAGAGAUUGGCUAUCCAGUGAUAAGAGGUGGCGAUCGCCCACCAGGAUGUGAUCAUGGCAAAUGUCCACCCGAUCAACCGGCGAAUCCGUACCAUCGAGGAUGUGAAAAAUCACAUAGAUGUCGUGGUCCACCUCCUCCACCAGUUCCUAAAACUAUAUAG